AAAUGAUUGGCUGAGAGCGUUGACGUAUCAGUGACUAGCAAGCAAUCCAGGAAGACGGCAAGUAGCGUAAGCUGUCAACGUGAGGAGCUGCAGCUUGUCAAACAACCGGAUUUUUACAAUUUAUUUCAUUCAGUGAUUUACAUUUCAUCAUGUCUGCGAGAAAUCCAGGAAUGCACCUUGAUCUGGAAUGGGUGUCAAAAGUCAGGGUCAACACUCAGGCUGUUCAUAAAAGAGCUCAGCAGAUCCAGGGACGCAAAAUGGCCAAGAAGCAGUGGCAGGCUGCCUGGCUGCUAAAGGCUGUCACAUGCAUCGAUCUGACGACCCUCGCCGGUGACGAUACUCCUUCCAAUGUCCAUCGACUGUGUAUGAAGGCCACACAGCCCAUAAGACAUGAUCUGCUGAAGAGCAUGGACAUGCAUGACAAAGGCAUCUCGACUGCAGCUGUGUGUGUGUACCCAUCACGGGUGGCUGACGCUGUGAAGUCUCUGAAAGCUGCCAACUCCAGUCUUCCUGUUGCGUCGGUGGCCACUGGUUUCCCUGCUGGACAGACGCCACUGAAGACCCGUCUCGAGGAAGUCCAGAUGGCUGUGAAGGACGGUGCUGCAGAAAUUGAUAUCGUCAUAAACCGGACAUUGGCACUCACUGGACAGUGGGCAGCUCUCUAUGAGGAGAUCCGGCAGUUCAGAGAGGCCUGUGGAGACGCUCAUAUGAAAAGCAUCCUGGCGGUAGGAGAACUGGGAACUUUCACAAACGUCUAUAAGGCCAGUCUGGUGUCCAUGAUGGCAGGAUCUGACUUCAUCAAGACUUCAACCGGCAAAGAGUCAGUCAAUGCAACCUACCCGGUAGCCAUUGUAAUGGUGCGUGCCAUUCGUGACUACUACCUGAAGACCGGCCACAAAGUGGGUUUCAAGCCAGCGGGAGGCAUCCGAACAGCGCAGGAGUCUGUGGUUUGGCUGACGCUGAUGAAGGAAGAACUCGGAGACGACUGGCUCAAUCCACACCUUUUCCGACUCGGAGCAAGCAGCCUGUUAGCUGACAUCGAGCGGCAGAUUUACCACUACGUGACCGGAAGAUAUCCUGCCUAUCAUGAACUUCCCAUGGCCUAAAUCUGAGGGAAAGAAAAAUGCAAAAACAUGGAGGUUCGGGAGAAAGAAAGGUGUUCAGAUCAGCCAAGAAUGCAAUAACUAAGCCAUCACGUGUGUUUAUAAGGUCAAUUAUGAAAAAAGUUACUGUGUUAAGGACUUCAUUUGUUAGUGUUAGUAAAUGAUUAGGCUAACAUGAAUUAGCAAUGAGUAAUAUUUACACUAUGAAAUCUUGUUUCAUCACAGAAUAUCUUGCAGUUUUAAACGCACAAUUGUUUGUUUCACAAAAUGAUGAGAAAAAGUUUGCAUGAUUUAAAUACAGAAUUGCAAGAAGAUAUAAAUCCUGGAAAUGUGAUUAGCAA